AUGGUACAAUCCCAGCGACUGCAGGAUAAGGUCGCUAUUGUCACAGGUGCAUCUUCUGGUCUAGGCCGAGCUAUUGCAAUCCGCUAUGCACAGGAGGGUGCCAAGGUAGUCUGUGCUGAUUUGACACCAAUAGCACGAUCUCAGGAAGAAGCCGAGAUCACAACUCAUGACUUGAUCACUCGUGAUUGCGGAAAUGCUAUUUUUAUACAAACUGAUGUUGGGGAUGCCACUCAAAUGGAAGACUUAGUCAAGGCUGCUGUGGUUCAAUAUGGGAGACUUGAUAUUCUGGUCAAUAAUGCCGGGAUCAGUAUCGAAGCGCGGCAUCCCGCGGUACUGCAUCUGACAGAUGAAGCGACCUGGGACACGACUAUGCGAGUUAACGUCAAAUCAGUCUUCCUUGGCUGCAAAUAUGCCCUCGCGCAGAUGCUAUCCCAAGAGCCACACGCUUCUGGUGACCGAGGAUGGAUAAUCAACAUCUCAUCAAUCAUGGGAAUCAUUGCAGGUCCAGAAAAUCCUUCCUACUGCGCGUCCAAGGGUGCUGUUAGCCAACUUACAAGGCAAAUCGCGCUAGACUACGCUCCUCACAAAAUCCAUUCCAAUGCCCUCUGUCCUGGAUACACUCAAACCGCUAUUUUCAAGGAGACAACAACUAAUCUAACUCCUUGGGAUGACCUCAACCGUCGACACCCAUUGAAGGGACCAGGCAUGCCAGAUGAUAUUGCUAAAAUGGCCGUUGUUUUGGCAAGUGAAGAUGCGAGCUGGGUUACCGGAGUUUGUUUACCUGUAGAUGGGGGAUACACUGCUCGUUAG